AUGAAUUAUCGCAAAAAGUAUCACGAAAGAAACAAUGAUACCAAUGAUGAUGACGAUGAAAGUUGCAAACUUGUUUCAUUAGAAACAGUAGACCAGCAUGUCGAAGGAGAAGAAGGCAAACAACAACAACAACAACAACAACAAGAAACAUCAAUAUCAAUUCUUCGUUCAAUAUUACGUAAACGAAGCGAGAAAAAUAUGUCGAUGGAUAGUUAUAGUCAUGUUCAGCAAGCUUCAAUCAAGGGAAAGCAGAACGUCAAUAAUGAUGACGAGAGAGAUUCCGAUUACACAGGAGACGAGAACGACGACGAGAGUAAUGGAAGGUCUAAAACUCUAGAAGAGGAAAGUAAAAACAAUGAACACAAGCAGCGACACCAUGAACAUUGUAACAAUUAUUCUCAUCAUCAGCAAAAGGAUCAAUUUUUUCGAACAUCACCAAGUUUGUCUCUCGACUUUCCAUUAGAAACAACAGCGAGCACAGAGACCGGAACGAUAGAAAUAGAACGCGCAUCAACAUCACCAUCGAAAACAUUCUAUGAAAACAAUCGAGCUUGUCUCAGCCAUACAUCGUGCGUAACAUUAGUCAACGAUUCCCCAAUUCUUAAUUGUAAAAGUUCAUCGGUAUCUCAAAUCGGUGGACUUGGUAUUCAACAACAUUCAUCGGUCACUUAUAUCAAUAUGAAAGAAGAUUUCUCGUCAACAAUGCCGAUUACAACAACAACAACGAGUUCAACAACAGCAUUGAAUAAUGAAUUUCGUCCGGUCUAUGUUUCACCAUUGAAAUAUCGACCAUUAGUGGGUUUAUCAGCAAAUGACAGUCGAUUAUUACUUGAAAAACGUGUUUCUCUACUUGGCAAGCCUUUAGUUUUUCAUCCGAUUCAAAAACGUUCUCCAAACUAUCGACGAACACAAUUACGUAUCUACAAUUUCCUCGAACGACCUCAUGGUUAUAAAGCUGUUAUAUAUCAUACAUUCGUGUUUUUGACUGUUUUUCUUUGUUUAUUUCUUUCGGUGGUUGUUACAAUGCCUGAAUACGAAUCGAUCGCCUCAACUUUCUUACUACAAACUGAAAUUUUAGUUGUUAUUUGGCUAACAAUUGAAUUAGGAUUGCGUGUAUGGAGUUCAGGCUGUCGAUCACGUUAUCAAACCUUGAUGGGUCGCUUACGUUUCAUGAAAAAACCGUUUUGUGCUCUUGAUUUUACUGUGAUUGUUGCGACUGUUGUUACACUUUCGUUGAAUAGUCGAGGUGGAAAUGGAGUUUUUGCCGCAUCGGCUUUGCGUGGCUUGCGCUUUUUUCAAAUUCUACGUAUGCUGAGAAUGGAUCGUCGAGGUGGAACAUGGAAAUUGUUAGGAUCGGUUGUCUAUGCACAUCGACAAGAACUUAUUACGACAAUUUAUAUUGGCUUUUUAGUGCUUAUUUUUUCUUCGUUUAUCAUGUUUCUUGUCGAGAAAGAUAGUUUUGUCGAACCAGAUCGAACACUAAUCAGUAAUGGCACAAAUCUCAUGACAACAAGUUCAAUAACUAAUCUAAUAGACACUGAUCGGCAUAAAUUCGAAACAUUUGCUGAUGCGCUCUGGUGGGGAAUCAUUACACUAUGCACAGUAGGAUAUGGCGAUAAAGUUCCGUCGUCCUAUAUGGGUAAAUUAAUUGCUGCUAUUUGCUCAUUUAUUGGCAUUAGCUUUUUUGCAUUACCUGCGGGUAUACUUGGCUCGGGUUUUGCGUUGAAAGUUCAACAACAACAACGUCAAAAGCAUUACAAACGACGAAAAAUUCCUGCCGUUUUGUUAAUUCAAAAUCUUUGGCGUGUCUAUGCAGCAGACGAAAAAUCCCUUUCGAAAGCCACAUGGAAAGUUCAUGUUCGUCCUCCAAGACAUCAACCGAAAAGUUCGUCAAUAUUACAUCCUAAUCCUCAUCAACUUUCGGCGCGCGUACGUAAUAAUCCAUCAUUUUUAAAUCGAGUUAGUUUUCGACGACGAACGACACGUGAAACAUCAUCAACAAAUUUAAACCCUGAAAAAUCAAGCAGUAAUCUCAAUUUAAAACCUUUGCCGAACUCUACAGUUGCUGCAAUGCGUUCUUGUAUCGAUACACUGACAGAAACAGCAAAUAUGGCACCAACAGCAAAUCUGUCAGCAUUACAUGAAGGAUCGUCUUCAGAUAAUGAAGAAGAUCAUUUAUACUAUGCGAAUGAUGUCAAAUCGUUAACCGAAACUCAUCGAAAUGCAAUUAGAUUUGUUCGAAAAAUCAAAUAUUAUGUUGCGAGACGAAAAUUUCGUGAAGCUCUACGUCCAUACGAUGUGACUGAUGUGAUCGAACAAUAUUCAACAGGCAAUGUUGAUAUGUUAGCGAGAAUGAAAUAUCUUCAAGCAAGAUUGGAUAAAGUUUUGGGUACGUCGAAAUCCCUGGAUAGUUACGAAUCAGGUCCUAGUUUAGCAUCGAGAAUAUGUAAAAUUGAAACUCAAGUUGAUAAUUUGGAUGUGAAGAUUGAAAAACUCUGUCAGCUUGCUACUAACAUAUUAGAGCGACCAAAUUCACAACCGAUAUCCAAUUCAUCUUCAAUAACACCGAUUGUGGUCGAUCGUAUUCGAACUGGUAAUCGCUAUCACGUUUAUUAUCAUCGUCGUCGACGACGAGCUCCUCCACCUCGAACACAAAUAUUGACACAAGUGACUUCAGAACCACAACCACCAGCUCCUCAUCCUCCUCGUUUCUUUCCAGUGGUAACCCCUCCAACACGUGCUUCUUCAGGAACAAAUCUAUCGGAAACAUUGGCAUCAUCACCGUCACCACCGACAACUACGGGAGAACAUACACGUGAGAGUCUCGUUAGUCUCUACUGGCUCUUUCAGGAUAAUUUGAAUUCGUCAUGA